AUGGUGCAUCACCCACCCAACUCUCACCCCGAGCUACCACCGCCGCCGCCGCCGCCGCCGCCACCACCACCUGUACCACCGAGGCCCUUUGCCGCCUCCUUCUCUUUAAGGUGGGCGCUCGGAAACCGCAACCGCAACGCCAAAAUCCCCAGGCGGUUCCAAUUCGGAAGGCUGCCACUCCCUACAACCGGAGGUGUCAACCCGGUUCUCCGACUCGGGUUGUCGCCUCUGAACCCGGCUCGACGUAGCGCUCUCCUUAUCAACCCUGAACCCAACUCUAACCCGAACCGGUUCGCUGCUUCUCCUCCAAAGGAGAAAAUUUUGGUUGAACCGGUUGAGGGUUCGGAGAAUACACCUGAGGAUAAGGGCACAAACAACCUCUUGCUCCGGUUUUGUGUGAAAAAGAGGGACCUUUCUGCUCCCAGUGCUGAUCCUGAACCUGAACCCCAGGCUGAGGCUAAGGCUGAGGUUGAGGAGGCUGAGGUUUUGGAGGAAGGAGAAAGUAACCCUUUGGUGAAGACAUGGAAUUUAAGGCCGAGGAAGGUUGUGGAGAAGAAAACUGCAGUGAAGGGUAGGAAUGGUGGCUCGUUGGGCCAUGAUGCUGGCAGAACGAGAAGCAGGGUGCGGCAUGGUUCAUCAAGUCGGGGUAAGAAUGGGGGGCUUAAGGAGCUUAAGGAGAAUGGUGGUAGGAGGAAGGAGGAGGAAGAGGGGGUGGUGUUGAAGACGGCAAUGCUCUCAUUGACACUGACAAAAGAGGAGAUUGAGGAGGAUUUUCUCAAGGUCACUGCUGCCAAACCCCCCAAGAAGCCCAACAAGAGACCUAGGGCUGUUCAGAAGCAGCUUGAUGCAGUUUUUCCUGGCCUUUGGUUGACAAGUGUGAGUGUGACCCCUGAUUUAUACCAAGUUCCUGACCCACCUCUUAAGGUUUUCACCUUCAUAUAUCUUUUUACUUCUCUGACUGUUUGCCUAGAUGAUGAAGAAAUGAAUAUGAACGUGAAAAGGAAGAAGAAAAAGAUCCUUGUGCUUUUAACUGAUCAUCUGGGGCAAUACGUAUCUAAAGGUUAG